GAAUUGUACGCAACUGUUUACACGUGGAUACAAGUAAAAAAAUUGAACGCAAUUAUUGAAUGCAAGUCUUGACAAAAAAUAGUUGCAAAUGUCUUCUGUUUAGACCAAUACAAUAAUGUUUAGGAGAUUAUUGCUUUCAAGUUUUGACUUGUCUAAAUAGAGAGUUGUAUGUGCGUGUACCAUUUAUUGGCGGGUUGCUUCAAGUAUUGCACGUAUUUGCAUUGUCAAAUUUUUCAUUCAAGUGUUGGAAGGUUUUGUAAAGAGUCUGUUUAUUAAAAAAUAUGAGUCAAAAAGUGUUAAAAUUUGAUUCUGCUGACUUAAUAAAGUUUAUUGAGAUUUAUCACAGUCAUGAGUGUUUGUGGGACACUGAAAAUGUGACUUACAAGAAUCGUGAUGCACGUAGUGCUGCACUUGUAGCAUUUUCACAAGAAUUUGGAGUUGAUGGUUUGGGACCUAAGGAAAUUACAAACAAAAUAAAAAACUUAAGAACGCAGUAUCAUGCGGAAAGGAAAAAGAUAAAAGAUUCAAUGAGCACUGGUUCCGGUACUGCUGAUAUUUACAAGUCCAAACUCUCUUGGUAUAAUUUAAUGGAUUCUUUUUUAAGGAAAACUUCUGAACACAGAGAAACAACAUCAAAUAUGAAUGAUACGUCCCUGGCAUCACACGAAAUAGUUUUUGAAUAUUUUGAAAAUGAAGAUACGGAAAAUAUUGCAAAUGUUAUAAAUUCAAAUAUACAAGUCGUCGAUGAUGUGCUUCCGUUUCCAAUGCCUAAAAAAACAACUAAAAAAGCAGGUUACAUAGAAUCGGCCUUAGAUAAACUGGACAAUAUUGAAAAAAGAGCAAGACUUGAAAAAAAAGACGAUGAUUUGGACAAUUUCGGAAAAUAUGUUGCGUCUUCAUUGCGAAUUUUGAAUACCGAAAAUAGCAUACAUGCUCAGGACGAAAUACAAGCAAUAUUAUCAAAAUACAAACUGCAAGAUCUUCGAGAAAAAGAACGACAAAACUCUACUCCAAUGCCAGAAUCCCCGUAUUCGAAACAAGGCAGCGAAGACACAUGGUUGAACAUGUAAUUUUUUUUCUAUUUUAAUUAAAUAUCUGAUUCCGUAGUUUAUAUUUUGAUAAUAAAUAAAUAAAUAUUGCUUAUUUUUCGUUCUGAGCAUAAAUAGUAAUAAACAAUUUCUAAUUAUUUUGCUGAAAAUAUAUGAUUCUAUUAU